CGUUUGGCAACUUCUCUUCACAACGCUCAAUCCUCUGAUCAAUUAUUGCCAACAUGGGUAAUGAUGGAGGUAGUAUCCCUACUCGUAGGGAACUUGUCAAAAACGCUGCACGAAACCCUAAUACCUCGGAACUGAAAGCUACGCAAAUCGAGGCGCAAACACAUGCCUGGACUUACUGUCCCCUCUCAAAUCGCCCCCUCGCUGCACCGAUAGUUUCGGACUGUGCCGGCACACUCUACAACAAAGAUGCGAUCCUCGAGCAACUCCUGCCGAAAGACGAUGACGUCCCAGCAUCAAUCAUCAAAGAGAAAGCGGAUGUUCUACAGGGUCGUGUGAAGGGUUUGAGGGAUGUGGUCGAGGUGAAGUUCACAGUCGUCAAAGAGGGCAAGGUUGAGAAGAAGAUCUGCCCGAUCACCAGUAAGGAGUUAGGCCCGAGUACCAAAGCGGUCUAUCUGGUACCUUGUGGACACGCUUUUUCCGAGGUGGCAAUCCGAGAAGUUGCUGGCGAGAGCUGCGUGGAAUGCAACGAGUCAUACACAUCCGAGAACGUUAUCCCAAUACUGCCGAUAGCCAAGGAAGAUAUCAGGAAGUUGACUGCGAGGACGAAUAAAUUGAAGGAGGCAGGUGUUACACACUCACUGAAGAAAGCACCUGGUAGCAAGAAGCGAAAGAAGAAGGCAGAGGCAGAGGCAGACUCAUCUGCAGCAGAUGAGAAUGUAUCUGAAACGAAUGGAAAGCCACCCGCCGAAGGACUUUCUGAGAAGACCAAGGCUAGAUUGGUGGGGAGUGGAUCUGGAACCCCUCAAUCGAGAAGCGGCACCUCGACACCGGUUUCAUCUGGGAUCAAGAACGCUGCGACGGCUUCCUUGACAGCUAAAGUGUUGGACGAGCAAGAAGAACGGAACAAGAGACGUAAAAUGGGGUUGAACGAUAAUUUAAAGAGCUUAUUUUCAAACAGUGGAUACAGCGCUCAGACACAUAAAGGAGGCGAUUUCAUGACGAGAGGAUACUCGUUACCGAAGAAGACUUAGGGUGACACCGUUACGGAGGGACAUGGUGUCCUGGAGUUGAGGUACAUACCCUGGGAGAAGAACUAAAAGGGAUUUUAGAUGUUCCUUCGAAAGUAAUGACACCAGAAAAUAGCAAUGGAUUUCAAAAUGGUUCCAAUGUGAGACGGUGACACUAUCCCUCAG